AUGAAUAACGGGUCUGCAAGCGCAACCGCAAGCGAUCAGGAUGAGUCGGAGGAGAAUACAUCAGCUACGAGUUUCUACGAAACGAAAAUAUUCCGUUGGUUUUCUUUGUUUCUAUAUCUCGGCGGUAUAAGUGGUCUAGGCAUGUUUUUAUCGCUAUACUAUUUACUUUUCUUCGACUCAACUAUGCCUGACAUACAUUUGAAGUUUCCUAUAUCUAUAGACGGCAAACCGGUGCAAAAGGUCCAGUCGUAUACAUAAGAGCACUUCUGAAGACAAAAUUGUGAUACCAGAGAAAAUCGCUAUACGCCUACUCAAUUCAUCGGAGGUCACCGCCG